UUUAAUAAUUAAUAUCUCUUUAACCCUUGUGAAAAUUGUAAAAUGGUAGAGGACUUUUCGGUUCAGUUUGGUCUGCUCUACCGGCAUACGGCCGCUGUGUCAAAAUUUUUGGGACACCCUGUAUAUACACUACGCAUCACAUGGUUUCAAGCAAAGUGCAACAGUGUUGACGCAUAAAUACAACCGCAUACGUGCAUGAGAAGUUCAUUUUGUCAUAACAACUCGCGGAUGUACUAUAUAGUAGUAAAGUGAUUCAUAACAUCGGCGCGCGUGUUUUGGACAUCGUGUAUUUUAAUCCUUUUAGCUUUCCUUUCCUUUCAUUUAAGUGACAUGAAAAGUAAUCAGAAUAUUCUUCUUAUUUUGUUAUUCGUUUUUUCAUGUAAUUUGUAUUGAAAGUCUUUCUUUGUGAGUGCCUGUUUGUCAUGGCUACUUCAAUCUUUGGAAUAAACUGAAAACGUUUCUCGCCUAUUUUUCUGGGAAAAUAUCAAAAGUUGCACACAACCCCAAAUCUGACGAAUACGGUGAAUGGAGUUACACGAUAAGCUGUAAAGAAAUGGCGCUCAUAACAGCUCACUGGGGCCUGGAUGGCAUAAUAGUUUUGACGACUCUCGUAACGGCUGCUUAUCUUUUCAUGACGCGCAAAUUUAACUACUGGAAAAAUCGGGGCGUUACAGAAUUGCAACCGACACCAUUUUUCGGAAAUUUCACGGAUUGCAUGCUUUUCAAGAAAUCUCCCGGAUAUUUGAUGAAAGAUUUUUAUGAUCAAGGAAAAGGAUUACCAUACUUAGGUUUUUUCAUCUUAGACAAGCCCGUCUUGUUGAUUCGUGAUCGGGAACUUGUCAAGGAUGUUUUAAUAAAAGACUUUAAUUACUUCGCCGAUCGAUAUAGCACGGCAGAUACGAAAGACCGUAUGGGUUACGUCAAUCUAUUUUUCCUGAAAAAUCCAGCUUGGAAAAUUCUGAGAGGAAAGUUAACACCAUUCUUUUCGUCUGGCAAACUAAAGAAAAUGUUUGAAUUAAUGGUGGAAGUCGCCAAAAACGUCGACACAUGUCUCGAAUCGUUGGAACUGGUAGGUGAAGGUAAGGAGAUGGAAGUGAAAGACAUAACCGCGAAAUACUCUAUCGAUAUGAUCGCUUGCACAGCAUUUGGAUUCAACGUCAACUCAUUGAAUAAUCCCGACGCUGAAUUUCUAAAGUACGCGAAAAUAAUAUUUGAGAUCGACAUAGUCCGCGGAUUAGAAUUUUUCGCGAUGUUUUUUCUUCCAAGUAUAAUUAAAUGGACCGGUACAAAAUCGUUCGGCAAAGCUACCGAAUUUUUACGCGAAGUCUUCUGGCAGGCAAUUAAUGAACGCAUAAAAUCGGAUGUAAAAAGACAUGAUCUCAUUGACAUCCUGAUCGAACUCAAGAAAAGUCACGGCGACCAGGAUGUUGGAGGAUUCAAAUUUGAUGGAGACGAUCUAGUCGCACAAGCAGCUAUUUUUUUCACGGGUGGUUUUGAAUCCUCUACAACGACGAUAACUUUCACAUUGUAUGAGCUCGCGGUAUACCCCGAAAUUCAGGACAGAGUUAGAAAAGAAAUUUUUGAUGCGCUCGAAAGAAGUGAUGGUAAAAUCACUUAUGACAUGAUUAUGUCACUAUCGUAUCUCGACAUGGUAGUCUCGGAAAUCUUAAGGAAGUAUCCGCCGUUGCCGUUUCUGGAUCGCGUGACAACGAAUACCUAUAAAGUACCGGACUCCGAUCUAGUUUUGGAGAAGGAUACGCCGAUUUAUGUCUCAAUGUUGGGUAUGCACUAUGAUCCGGAAUAUUUUCCUGAUCCGGAGAAAUUUGAUCCUGAGCGAUUCAACGAGGAAAACAAACGCAAUAUACCUUCAUGCGCUUAUUUUCCGUUUGGAGAGGGCCCGCAUUCAUGUAUAGGACUUCGUUUAGGACUUCUGCAAUCAAAAUUAGGGAUAAUUAAAAUCUUGAUCAAUUACGAAGUCACGCCGUCAAGAAAGACUUUAAUACCAAUGGUAUUUGAUCCGAAAGCUCUUGCGACUUCGCCUUUAGGUGGAGGAAUGUAUCUCAAUAUACGAAAAGUUAAAAACGGUACUAACUUGAAAUAAUAAUUUUAUUUUUUUUAACUAUUAUUCUUAACUAUGAGAUUUGUUCUUAAUAUUUAGAAUCUAUAUUUUUACUAAAAUAAAAGUAUGUUAUUGAUUAAUCUAUAUAACAAAAUUUUUGU